UACUAAGUGUAGAGAUUGAGAGAGUAGAGAUUUAGAGAGUAGAGAUUAGAGAGAGUGUAGAGAUUAUGAGAGAGAGAGAUCAAGGCAAUUAAUGCCAAUAUUCACUAAGAUUGCCAAAUCUUCUAUAAGAUUAGCAAAAUCCUCUCAAAUCUUUCAAGAUAAUUCUCUCUCUCACUCCACCCCAAAUUUUCGAUCACCACCUUGUCCCUCCCUUCAUCUCUCUACUUUCCACCAUUGACAACCAUUAACAAGACCUUCGGAGCUUCACAAAAUCACACCAAAAACACAAAUCACCCUCUAAAUCUUACACUAAACACUUCCACCUCCUUGAAUCCAAGAAGAUCUUUGGAGUUUGAUCUUCAAAGUUAGAGAGAGAAAGUUUGGUUUUGGGUGUAAGUUUGGACACGAGCAGAGCAAGGAAGUAAGUAACUCCGCUUUGACGGGAGUGUUUGAGUAAGGUCUUCAGACUAAGCGAGGAGCGAGAUUGGUCUGGUGCUGGCGGGGAAAUGUUGGAGGAUGUAUUUACUUUAUCGUAUUUCCAUUUUGACGAUAAAGUCUUGAUGAUUGAUAUACUUUAAUUUUCUUUUGAAGUUAAGCAAUGUACUCACGGUUAUAUGUCUUCAUACAUAUAAUCGGUUCGCCUUUUGCUGCGAUACUCUGCAUAUUAUGUUCCCUUACGAAAAAUGAGCGAUACCCGUUUUGUUUUUGUUCGUGAAAUUCCUGAUAAUUAAAAAGUUAUAACGACGUUGACGAUUUUACCCUUGGGUUCAUUUAUAAUGAUUUCUUUAACACCUUUUGAUGCGAGCUUCCGCUUGAUGUUCGACCUAUUCUUCUUAUCUUUUAUUCUUUUAAAAAUAGUCGUAUCGAUACUCGUACCCCACUAUCACUAGUGUUGGGUUUUCGGGCUGCGACAGGGUGGUAUCAGAGCAGGUCAUCUGCUCUGAGUCUAUUGCUUGACUGAGCUGAACCUUUGAUUGUUUCUACUCUUUUAAAAUUGAGUACUAGCCUAAUUUGAAUUCUUAGGCUAAUUUGAGAGAGUUAGUUCGAAACAGAACCCCAGCACCCCAUCUCCUCCGGCUUAACGAGGUAAGAGGUUGAUGUUGUUUCUUGUUGCUUUCCUGUUGAGAGCUGAGUUUGAUUCACUAAUGGGUCAUGUAUUGUUUUAAUGACGAAUUUGUGUGAGAUGAUGAAUUCUGAUACGAGGCAGUUGAUGUGGAAUACAAGGAAAGAUGUUGAGACUAGUAUCCACGGGAUUGACGAGGCUGAGGCCAUCACUCACCUGAUUCCACAGCUGCCCCUCGAGUGGCAAGACUGGGCGACUUCGCUGGUGCCGCAGUAUAUCAGGAGGACUGAGUUCGGGCGGUUGGUGAGCGCCAAUUUUCGUGGUUUCAUCGCGACGUUGAGCCACCGCUACCUUGUUUAUGGCGAGCCACCUUCACCGCCGUAUGGAGAGUCUGAGGGACCAGCCCAGGGAAGGGAGCUUGUUGUUGUGCCCCCACUUCCCGAGGAGCCGUUUCCGAUUGCCCCUCUACCCCCAGCUGAUCCGAUUCCAGUUUCUUUUGAGCCUGAUGUUUCAGAGCCGAUGGUUUUCGAGGCGUACUCUCCAGUGGUAGAGCAUGACCCGUUUGCGUUUCUAUCCCUUAUUCUUUUUCCCAGCGCUGAGUUACCGCCUUGGGAUUUGACACUGGCAACGGCACCUUUGCCAUUGCCACCUGUUGAGUCGGCAUAGCCGAUUGUUUCUGUUGAGCCUCAGAUACAGUAUGUGCCCUUUGAUCCUUAUCCGAGGG